AUGGCUUUCAACCCGGAUACGACAGCCCCAAAGGGUCCUGACAGUGCUGAAAAGCAAGCAAGCAGUUGUUCGGAUACUCACCAAGCGAACGAGAGUGGUAGCCCACGAGAUAUCCACGGCGCUUUAUGGCUGCUUGUGGUCCUCGGCAUCUUUAGCUCCACCUUCCUCUUCGGACUUGAUAAUACCAUCGUCGCUAAUAUCCAGCCCGCUAUCGUCAAGUCUUUGGACGGUGUUGAGAAACUAGCCUGGUCGGGCGUGGCCUUUAUCAUGGCCUCUAGUGCCACGGUACUUACCUGGCUGCAAAUCUUCAACCAGUUCAAUAUCAAGUGGAUGUACAUCUUCUCUAUCACCGUAUUCUUGGCUGGUUCUGCUGUUUGUGGAGCUGCCCAGACGAUGGAUAUCCUGAUUGGUGGGCGAGUCAUCUGUGGUAUCGGCGGUGUCGGCCAGUACGUGGGAGUGAUGAACUUUCUCCCUCGUCUGACCUCCUUACAAGAACGGCCAAUAUACGUUAGCGCAAUUGGUCUUACCUGGGGUGCAGGUACCGUGUUGGGUCCAAUCAUUGGUGGAGCCUUUACCGAUAGCUCAGCUGGAUGGAGAUGGUCCUUUUAUAUCAACCUAGUUGUUGGUGGUCUUUGUAUGCCUGUCUAUUUAUUCCUUCUCCCCUCUCUUCAGCCUCAGCCUGGUUCUGAAAUUUCCGUCAUGGAUAAGCUGAAGAAAUUGGAUAUCGUUGGAUCAUUGAUCCUUGUAGGGGCAUUUGUGGCAGGUGUCAUUGGCCUCAACUUCGCUGGAGCACUAUACCCCUGGAAUGUACCCGGUAUCAUCACUGCGCUCGUUCUAGGGGCUGUCGGCUUUAUUGUGUUUGGGAUACAGCAGAGUUAUUGUAUCUUCACCACUGAAGAAACGCGCCUCUUCCCUGUGGAGCUGGUAUCGUGGCGUAAACCACUACUCAGCCUACUUUUUCUAUGUGGCUGCUGUACCAGUGUCUGCGUGACAGUUCCGGCAUAUAUUAUUCCGCUAUACUUCCAAUUCACGGCGGGGGAUAAAUCACUGGAGUCUGGGGUUCGGUUACUGCCAUUUGUCUGCCUUCUUGUGUUUAGCUGUGUUGGAGGCGGAAUCCUUGCUUCCCGCACUGGAUACUACCUCCCCUGGUAUCUUGCCGGGGGCGCGCUUUGCCUUGUUGGGUCAGCACUGAUGUACACAGUAAACUCUGGAACAAGCCCAGGAGCUAUAUACGGGUUCAGUGCCCUUAUUGGCCUAGGCUCGGGAAUGUAUCUUCAGCUUGGUCAUUCCAUAGCUCAGGCUAAGGUGAGCCUCGAUAAGAUACCGGCCGCCAUUGCCUUUACGACAACGGCCCAGCUAAAUGGGAUGACUAUUGCGUUGGUUAUUGCUCAAUGUGUAUUUGUUAAUAUGGCUGCUACGGGAAUCGCGAAGGUACUCCCACAUGAGUCCCAUUCUACUAUCAUCGAUGCUAUCACUGGAACUGGUUCAACAUUUGUACACGAUUUGGACCCAUAUACAAAGGCUGCAGUUUUGGCUGCAAUUGUAUCCGCAAUUGAUAAAACUUACAUAUUGUGUAUAGUUGCCGGGACUGCUACAGUCCUAGCAGCCUUUGGCAUGAAGUGGGAAAAGCUGUUCAUCUCUACGGUGGCUGCUUGA